CUUAAAUUUGGCGACGCCCUCCGCGGCGCCGGGGAGGCGGAUGACUGCCGCUACCCGACGACACUGCCGGCACGGCCCACUGGCGCUCGGGGCCUCGGGGCGGCAGGUUUCACAAAAGGAGUGAAGUGUUCUACUUCUAGAUUUUUUCCAGUUUUUUUUCUAUAAAUCAAAACAUCUCAAAAUGGAGGCCUAAAACCCGUAAAAGGGACUUAGUCUAUUCUCCGGGAGGUAGUUUUGUGCAUGAGUAAACAAAUUAAGUAGUGAACUGGAAUUUUUGUUAUCCCAAAGGAUGUUAAUUUUAAAAAAUACAUUCUAGUUAUAGGAGGUGUAACUAUAAAGUAAUGAUGAUCUUAACUUUGAAUUUAACUGGUGACUAUAAAGGGGAAGUGAUUUUAGCCAGAGCAGAACAGAGAGAAGGAACUCGUGUUUGGUAAAGAUCUGAAAAUGAGCAACAGGUAUCUAGAACGAAGAGCAAAUAUUCACCCCUCUACUAAAUUAGAGAAAUACACAGGUGAGGCCUCUGACAGGUCGAGAGACUUCCAUGGUGACAAAGAAAUGUCCAGAACAAGACUCUGUGGUGCCACCAAUUUAGAGAGUAUGACACGCUCGCAUGGAAGAUUGGUAAGGGAAUGAUCUAACCAUUUAUCUGAGUGUUCGCUGUUAGAAGUCUCAAGUUCAGCUUGUUCAAAUGGACUGUUACCUCUGAGAAGAAUAACAAUGAGAAUGGUGGUGGACGGUCCAUUCUGGGGAAAGAACAGACUUAUUCAGAGAGAGAAGGUGCUCAGAUACUGAUUAGCACCAGGAGGUUCUCUGCAGCAAUGUCUAAAAUUUUUGCUCACUGCGGAAGUUAGACACAAUAACUGAUCACUGGAACGGACCUAUGUUUCUCCCUCAUAUCACCUGGAGGUAAAGAGUUCAUGUCGCAGCAGAAACCCCACCUUUUGUGGGAAACCGUGUGCACAAACCAUUGCUAGAGAAGCCAAGGUGGCCCAUUUGCCAAUUGUUGCUCAUAUUAUUGAUGCAGAGCCUGUUUACUGAUGGCUAGUCAUGACUGAGAGAUUCUGAAUUCUCAGAAGGUCUCUGGUUGGCAAAAGGAGUGGAUUGUGACAAAGUAAAUUUAUUAUUUUCUUGUUGUGAUAAAUUCUGGUGCAAGAUACGCUGUCUGUGGAAUUUCUGACUAAAGCCAAAAUUGUACACUUUGAUUAUUCAUCCUAGCCUACAGACUCAGAGCCCUGACUUUUGACUAUUUUCAUAAAUCCAGUAUCAGAAUAGAAGAUUUGGUAUUUUCUUUCAACAGCAUGAAGCUGAGCCUAAAAAGACCAACUGAGCAAAUACAUUCUUUUCUGAGAAUUUAUUUGAAAUAGAGUAUGGAAUCACUCUAAGUAACCACACUGCUGACUAUGAGAGGUAAUUAUUGUUUCAGGAAUUUUGAAACAGGCCUUAAGAUGCAUCAGAUAAUUCUGUUCCUACUUAAGCUCUUCAUUUGUAGGAAAAUUCUAGAUCGUUUUGUUUUUCCUAUUAAAAAUAUUCUAGGAAGAAAAAUUACUUAAUUUGAGCACGAUUUGGGAUAGAUUGUAUUCCAUUGCAUCUAAAUGUCAUGAAUUGUAAAACACACCAUUAUUUUAUAUAUUUUUAAGAAAUAAAAGUGCUGCUAAUUAAAAUAUAAUAUUUAUUCGCUAGAAGAUAGAUGUUUAAAAGAUGCAUCCUAGGAUCAGUGAAAUGAUCCCAGUGUAUUCUUUUCUUCUUUUCAGGCAGGUGUUAGGCUUUUCUUUUUUUCUGGCUAUGAAAUUUCAUAAUUGAAAAGAAGCAAAAUAAACACAGUUUGGAUUUUUUUCUGUAGAGCGCAGCUUUCCUCCUGGAAAGCAGGCGGGCUGUGUGAGCCCCAUGCUUGGUCUCCAGGCCUGCUGAGCUCCGCAAAGCGUUCCCGCGGAGACAUGGUCCUGCCUGUGGGGGUCACGAUGCUGAGUGGCAUCUUGGUGACCCCAGGCUCCCCGCUUGUACGCAGGGCUUGAUUUCCAUGACAAGGUGCCACGUGUCCUCCUGUUCACACGGUGUGCGUAAAGAUGAUGGAAAGGUGCAGUUGCACACACUUUUCCCCUACAAUGUGUCCGUGUGGAGCUCAGAACCUCGCCAUGCUGCACCCCUAAGUACACAGAGGGAGAGAAGGACAGGAGAUUUCCUGUUCUGGGCAUUCAGCCUCGCCAAAUCCAGAGCCAUGCACAAAACUACCUCCCCAGAGAAAGGCUAGUCCCUUUUCCACCCCGUCUGCUUGGUCAUGAGCAUCGUGGAGAAGAGCACAUUCUUGUUAAAGCUGAUGGAAGGCAGCACCGGGUCGGCACUGAGGUACGACCACUCGUGCGAGCUGUACCGCAUGUCCACGUACUCGGCCUUCCCCGCCAGCGCCCCCGUCUCCGAGCGGAGCCUCGCCCGGGCCGGGUUCUACUACACGGGCGGGAAGGACAGGGUCCGGUGCUUCUGCUGCGGCCUGACGCUGGACAACUGGAAGCCGGGGGACCGUCCCCUGGAGAAGCACCGGCGGCUGUACCCCAGCUGCAGCUUCAUCCAGAGCCUAAGUGCGGCGAACGUUUCCGGAGCCGCCUCUCCUCCUUCGGGGACACGCUCCAGGCUUGUGCCGCCUCCCAGCGUGGAGAACCGCGGCCGUUUCAGUGGCCCUUGUGCCAGCUUCCCGGAGGCCCCUGCAAACCUCAGAGCAAACCAAGAUGUGGGUCCCUGGAGGCUGAGUCCUCACCCCGGUGCGAUGCAGACCGAGGAAGCCAGAUUCCACACCUUCCAGGGAUGGCCCUUGGCCUUGCCGCCACCUGAGCAGCUGGCCAGAGCUGGCUUUUACUACCUAGGCCCCGGGGACAAGGUGGCCUGCUUCACCUGCGGCGGGAGGCUGAGUAACUGGGAGCCGGACGACGACGCCCUCUCAGAGCACCUGAGGCACUUCCCCUUCUGCCCGUUUGUAGAAAGCCAGCUUCAAGACGCCCUGCGGUGCGCCGUGUCCAACCGUAGCAUGCAGACGCACGCGGCCCGCUUCCGAACCUUCUGCAGCUGGCCCCCCAGUGCGCCCGUUCGGCCCGAGCAGCUGGCCCCGGCUGGCUUCUACUACGUGGGGCACAGCGAUGACGUCAAAUGCUUCUGCUGUGACGGCGGACUGCGGUGUUGGGAAUCCGGAGACGAUCCGUGGGUGGAGCACGCCAAGUGGUUCCCAAGGUGUGAGUACUUGAUACGAAUCAAAGGACAUGCGUUCAUCAGUCAGAUUCAAGCCAGUCACCCCUGUCUACUUGAACAGUUGUUAUCUACUUCGAACAACACAGAAGAUGAAAAUGCCGAGUCACCAAUUGUUCGUUUUGGGCCUGGAGAAAGUUCCUCCGAAGACGCCGUCAUGAUGAGCACACCCGUGGUGAAAGCGGCCUUGGAGAUGGGCUUCAGUAGAAGCCUGGUGACGCAGACCGUUCAGAGUAAGAUCCUGACGAGCGGGGAGAAUUACAAAACGGUGAAUGAUAUCGUAUCAGAUUUACUUAAUGCAGAAGAUGAACUCAGGGAAGAGGAGAAAGAAAGAGCAGCCGAGGAAAAAGAAUCAGGUGAUGUAUCAUUAAUCCGGAAGAACAGAAUGGUGCUUUUUCAACAUCUGACUUCCGUGCGCCCCAUCCUGGAUGGCCUCCUCACCGCCAGGGUGCUCACUGAGCAGGAGCACGGUGUUAUCACCCAGAAAACACAGACGUCCCUGCAAGCUAGGCUGCUCAUCGAUACUGUGUUAGUGAAAGGAAGCCUUGCAGUCACCAUAUUUAAAAACUCUCUGCUAGAAACGGACCCUGUGUUAUACAAGCGUUUCUUUGUGCAACAGGACCUAAAGUAUGUUCCCACAGAAGAUGUUUCAGGUCUGUCUCUGGAGGAGCAGCUGCGGAGGCUGCAGGAGGAACGGACCUGUAAAGUGUGCAUGGACCGAGAAGUGUCCGUCGUGUUCAUCCCCUGCGGCCACCUGGUGGUGUGCAGAGACUGCGCCCCUGCGCUCCGGAAGUGCCCUAUUUGCCGGGGCACGAUCAAGGGCACCGUCCGGACAUUUCUUUCAUGAAGUGGAGCCAAAACUUUGUCUCAACUUUAGAAUUAAUGGAUUAAAUGUAAUGUAUUUUUGACUUCCAUACUGAUUUGGUUUCCCUAAGAUUUUUUUAAAUCUAUUUGCAGCUGAAAACUGUUUUAUAUAAAUAACACAUCUAAAACAAAUACACUGCACAUAUAUUAGCAAGCGAAUGGCGGGCUUUUGUUCAUGGGGACAAUAGUAGACAUAGCACUACAUGCUCGAUACUUAAAGUGUCAGCACUAUUGAAAUCAUAAGGGAAGUAAACUUUAAAAUUUUGAAAUAAGCUUUCAGAAUUUUAACUACUUUGGAGUUGUAUUAAGAACUGGGAGCACUCUCUUUGGAUCAGUGUCCUGGACGUAGAAAGAAGGUCUUGAUAUCCAUUGAAUGAUUUUUUCAGGGACUUGGUGGUUUUAUAAAGAAUUCUGUGAGGAACAUUUUAAUAAAGCCAUCAAAAUUCC